AGGUAUAGGAAUGUACAUUCUCUUCAUGGCAAUUCAAUCUGUAUUAUUUUCUACCAUCACAUUAUGCAUAGAAGGUCGGGUACCACAGAGGAUUUGGUACUCUAUUAGGCCCGAACAAGAAAGCACUGAACCAGCAAAUCUCGGCUUCUUAUAUCACGGUGGACAAAAAACAGACAGUGACGUAGCAAGCGAGGCUGGGCGUAUUCAAAAUAUGGAUAUGGAUCGACCCACCGAUUCUUUCAUAUUAAACGAUCUCUAUAAAGGAUAUGGAAAUUUUGUGGCUGUGGAUCAUAUUAGUGUUGGCAUACCAGAUAAAGAAUGUUUCGGUCUUCUUGGGCAAAAUGGUGCGGGAAAAACAACAACUUUUAAAAUGUUGACGGGCGAUGUAAUGGUUACCAGUGGCAACGCCUAUUUGAAAUCAAGCGACAUCAAAUCAAGUAUUCAAAAGGUACAAGAAAAUAUGGGCUACUGUCCACAAUUUGAUGCUUUGAUAGAUCAUAUGACUGGAGUAGAAACAUUAUAUAUGUAUGGAAGACUGAAAGGGAUACCCGAAAUCCAACUAAAGGGCGUGGUUAAUAGUUUGAUUGACAUAUUGAUGUUGACGCAACAUGCUAAUAAAUUAACACGAGCAUAUAGUGGUGGAAAUAAACGUAAACUCAGUACAGCUAUUGCUUUAAUUGGUGACCCAGGAUUUAUUCUACUGGACGAACCUUCAACUGGUGUUGAUCCCAAGGCCAGACGUCAACUCUGGAAUGUUUUAUCUAAAGUCAGAGCCAGUGGGAAAACACUGAUACUCACGUCACACAGCAUGGAGGAAUGUGAUGCUCUGUGUACAAGAGUAGCCAUCAUGGUUAAUGGAAGUUUCAAGUGUUUAGGAAGUCCACAACAUUUAAAGAAUAAAUUCGGUCAGGGCUACACUUUGAUCUGUAGAAUGAAAACCAACGAAGAUGAUGGAUUGACCGCACCCAUUGGUCCAUUGGUACAGUUAUCCAACAGAAUACCUUUAGCAGGUGUAUUUGAUGUAAUGGAGGAAUCGAAAGGCGUAUAUUCAGUAGAGGAUUAUUUUGUUCAUCAGACAACUUUAGAACAAGUUUUCCUGUCUUUGGCUGGGAAACAAAUUCCACCAUGUGAAGAUCCAACUUCUAUUUUUAAUCGUAUAUGUUGUUGUUAGGGUAACCAAUAAUAUCAUUAAUUCUUGGAAAUCAAAAAGCCGGCGGUGUCACUGCACGGGGAAAAUACUGCCCUAGGAAUAUAAUAGAGGAUUUGACUUUUUUGGGGAUCUUAGUUAUGAUAGUGGUAAUGCAGCUUUAAGGGAGCCAUGCCUUAUAACAUUUUAGUGAAUCAACCCCAGAUUAUACGUUAAGUAUUCUUAGAAACCUGUAUCCUAGUCCUGUACAAAUAUCGGAAGUUUGAUGCUAAUCUUUCGUAGGAAUACAGACUUCGAGUGCUCGCAUGUUUUUCAGUGAUAAGUUACCCAGUUAAAGAUGCAUAUGUAAGAUUUAGAUAAAGAGAUGACAGUUCUACCAUGGACCGUAUAUAAAACACAGUUAAAAAACAUUCUUUUAAUUUUUACUUCUGCACAAUUAAUCAUCAUUCCGGACAAUAGUAUAUUAGAACUUCAUUUUCAUAUUUUCAAAAUGUUUCAUACAUACGGGAAUUUUGAUUAUUAAGAAAAAU